AGUCAGUGCCUCGAAGCCGAGCGGGAUGUACACAGCACCUAAGCCGCUGGCCUCACCGCCUGGGAGCGUGGAGGUGCGGUUCCCAAGGCAGACGACCUUUCCAGGCAACGCUCUUCAGGUUUUCUCGGAGCUACUCUUUACCUCCUACUUCUUCUUCUGGCCAGCUGGCGUGCUGGUUUGGCUGGGGCUGUCUCCGUGGGCUUUGGGCACCUUUUCCUGGAAGACUUUGUGGUCCUUCUCCGCCCUCUACACCCUGCAGCUCUUUGCCCACCGGCCGCACCUGAACAAGGGCUGGUACUACCAGUGGCUCCUCUACGGCCCCUUGACGGACUUCGUGCUCCACUACCACGAUGCCACGGUGAUUCGGGAAGGGCCCGCCCCAGACCCCAAGGGCAGAUAUCUCUUCGCGAUGUACCCACAUGGUGUCUAUGGGGUGUGCCGUGCCUUCUCGGGCGGCAUGGGCUGCUGGCGCGCCCUCUUCCCAGGCAUCACCUCUCGCUGGGGCAGCUUUGGCGCGGCCUUCUUGCUUCCAGGCAUCCGUGAGAUGUCGCUGUGCAGCGGCUGCAUCGAUGCCUCCAAGCCAAUCCUGGAGCGUGCCUUGAAGCGAGGUGAAAAUGUCUCCCUCCUGCCGGGGGGCAUCGAUGAGAUGAACCUCACAGAUGGGGAUUCAAAGGACACAAAGCUUGUCAUGACCGACCGGAAGGGUUUCGUGAAGCUCUCCAUCGAGAACGGCCUGGACAUCGUGCCCGGCUUCUGCUUCGGCGAGAAGUGGAUUCACCACACCAUCAGGCUCCCCCCCUUCUUCCAGAGCCUUCUGAGACCCUUGAGGAUGAGUGGCACCUUGCUGAGGGGCCGGGGCUGUUCUUUGAUGGGCUUCCUGGACCCUCCGUUGGGCUUCGUCUGGGGUCAGCCGAUCAAGGUCAAGCAGCAGAAGCCAGUGGAUGAGAAGUACUUGGACCAGGUGCACCAGGAGGUCGCAGAGUCCGUGAGGGACAUCUUCAACCGGCACAAGGCACGCUUCGGCUACGCAGAGGACGAGACCCUUUCCUUUGUCAGCUCCGUCGAGGCGAAAGAGCAGAUCAGCCCAAAGAAGAAGUACGCCUAGCUGGCCAAAUCCUUUGAGAGCCGCGUGUUUGGCGCGC